AUGAAGCUAUACCCACCAGUAGCGUUACACCUCCGGCGACCGCUCUCCUCGCUCCUCUCCGCCUCUAUCGCUACGGAAAUCAGCUCCCUGCCGCCGCCGUUUUCUUCAUACCAAUCUCUAUCUUUCUCGCCUCCUUUUAUGUACCUGCAAUCUGUACUCAAUCAAAUCAAACUUCUCUUUAAAAAUCCACAAAGUUAUUCUUCUCUUACCACUCUAGAUUCAUUAUUAGCCAAACCCCAUUUGUUGGAUUCUGCAGCAUCUAUCGUCUUAAUUGAUUACUUGUCUCAGAUAAAGAAGCUUGGGAGGAGCAAAAGACUAAUUUCACAUUUAAAAUCAAGAGGAAAAGUAAGUGAUUCGUUUCUCUAUAGUUUAGUAUCUGAUUUUUUAGUUAAAGAUGGUACAAUUAACGAUGUCGAGAAUGUAUGGGAAGAAAUUUGUGGGCCAGUAAAAAGCUUUAAUUUCUCAAAUUACGUGAUUUUAGUGUGUAAAUUUGGUGGCGUUGAUGAAAUUAAGCAUAUUUAUGCGAGAAUUUCAAUGGGUGGUGGGAGUAUCUUAGAGAUACAAACCUAUAUUGCUUUAUCUGCGGCUUUAUGUAAUGUGAAUGAGGGAUUUUUGGCUAAAAAUCUUGUGAAGCAAAUGUAUGAUAAGGGUAUUGCUGUUGAUAACUGGACAUACUUUUUGAUGUUCCAGUGUUUUUGUAGAAAUGGGAAUUUUGAUGAAGCCGAUUUGGUAUUGAGAAAACUUGUACAAAAUGGAUUCACCAUUGACAUUUGUAUAUAUGGAAGCUUUCUUCAUGGUCUUUGCAAGUGGGGCAAACAUCGUGAAGCCAAUAAGCUGUUCCAAAAGUUGAUAAAACCAAAAGUAUCUAGAGAGAGAGGAGUGGUGUUGAAGGAGGGUAGAAGAGCAAUCUUUCAAUUGAAUUGUGAGGGUGUUGUUCCCAAAAUGAUGUGCUAUGAAUCUUAUUUCCGUGCUUUGUGUAAUUAUGGGAAACUUGAAGAGGCCGAAAUUUUGUUAAAGAAGAUGACAAGUGGUAGAAUGUUGCCUGAGAUUUGUGUUUAUGGUUCAUUUAUAAAAGCCCUUUUUCGAGGGGGUAGGGAUGAAGAUGCUAUGAAAUUCUUUAAUGUUCAAAAGAAAAAGGGGUUGGUUCGUGUGGAUGAGAUAGGUAGAUAUGUAAUUAUGGGGCUUUGUGAGAAGGGAAAAGUCGAUGAUGCUUUGAGGAUUUUUGAAGAGAUUGGGUGUAAUGAUUUGUUAGUGUUUAAUUGUAUAUUGGAUUGUUAUUGGAAACAAAGGAGGGUGGCCGAUGCGGAGGUUUUCUUUGAGAGAUAUCGGUUGUGUGGGAAACUUAAUGUAGAGACGUGUAUAAUCAUGUUGAAUGGAUAUUGUAGCCACAAUGAUGUAUCGAAAGCAGUUGUGGUGUUUGAAGAGAUGUUGAAGAGCAAAAUGAUGGUGGAUGGAGCAUCAUAUGAGAGACUUAUUUGCGGAUUAUGUGAUCAUGGGAGACCAAUUGAAGCUUUUCAAUACUUGAAUGACAUGAUUGAGGAUGGGCAUGUACAUUUUCUUUUCUCCAAGGGAUGGCCAUCACUCUUUCGGUCAAUCCUUGACCUUAACAUGGAUGAACAAAAAAUUUGUUUCUGUAAAGGUUCAUCAGAGUCAAGAAAGGCUGCUUGGUUCACUUGUUAUAUGUUUUCUUGCAAAGCUUCUGUCAUAUCUGCCACUUCCAUCUUCUUUAAGCUUCUAAGUCAUCUACACCAUUGA